AUGAAGCUCCUGGAGGAGAGCUUCUCUUCGAAGGGCGGCGCCGGGCAUCUCCGCGUCAUCCCGGAGACGGGCGAGGACGUCUGGCAGAUCUUCAACCUCGUCCGCGCGGGCGAUCACGUCACCGCGUCCACGUUCCGCAAGGUGACGCGCGAGGCCAGCGGCGGGCUCGGAGCCGCGGAGUCCGAGCGCGUGCGCGUCAAGCUCCGCGUCCUCGUCGAGCUCGUGGAGUACGACGGCGACGGCGAGGCGAUCCGCGUCAAGGGGCGCAACACGACGGAGAGUCCGCACGUCAAACUCGGCGCGUAUCACACGCUGGAUCUCGACGUGAAUCGAACGAUCAAAGUGGAGAAGGAGGCGUGGGACGUCGUCGACGUCGCGCGGCUCAGGGAGGCUGCGGAUCCCGCCGCGAGCGCGGACGUCGCGGUGCUCCUGGUGACGGAGGGGCUCGCAAAUCUGCAGCUCGUGGGCGGCGCGACGACGACGCACCGCGCGAAGAUCGAAAAGUCCAUGCCGCGGAAGCGAGGGCUCGCGUCCAUGGGGUACGAGAAAGCGCUGGAGACAUUCCACAAAAACGUCCUCGCCGCGGUGUUGCGGCACGUGGACUUCGCGAAGAUUAAGUGUCUCGUCGUCGCGGGGCCGGGGUUCGAGAAGGAGACGUUCGCGCGGUACGUCGACGCGGAGUGUUCGCGGCUGGCGACGAACGCCGGCGGCGGCGGCGGCGGCGCGGGGGGUCGGGGGGACGACGGCGCCGCGUUGCGAGCGCUGGCGGAGAACAAGUCGCGUCUCUUGCUCGUGCACGCGUCCACGGCGUUCAAGGGCGCGGUGCGCGAGGUUUUAGAGGACCCGAGCGUGAUGGCUCGCGUCAAGGACACGAAAGCCGCGACGGAGGUUCGCGCGUUGAACGAUUUCUUCGAGACGCUCGCGAGCGCGCCGGAGCGCGCGUUUUACGGCCCCGCGCACGUCUUCGCCGCGCACGAGAUGUGCGCGAUCGACAAACUGCUCAUCACGGACGCGCUGUUGCGCGACGCGAACGCGGCGGCGAGGAGGCGGUGGGUGACGCUGGUGGAGGAGGUGAACGGCGGCGGAGGGACGGCGUUGAUUUUUUCGUCGCAGCACGAGUCCGGGAGGCAGCUCGGGGAGCUCACCGGCGUCGCCGCGACGUUGAGGUUUCCGUUGCCGGACCUCGCGGACGCGGAGCUGCCGCCGGUGGAGUUUUAG